UUGUCAAAUUAUCCCAAUUUACAGGAAAACUAACAACAUGGCAACCCUGGUGUACCCUGCCUAAUAUCACAGAAAAAAAACGAGACUACACGCAGAGCUGUUGAUCAGUCAGAGCCGCGAUGGAGUCCCAAUCCAGGGUCAAGAGAGACAAGCAGUAAAAGAUGAACUCAUCAAUGCGGGUUGUGAGACAUUGUUUAUCCCUGACGCGAUGUGCAAGUUCCUCAUCUGUUGUGUGUGGAAAGGUAAUGACUAAUCCGGAAGACAUCUCCAAACUCUACCGGGAGUUGAGCCUGUUUCCCUCCCUGACCCGAGCUGACGUAGGGCCAGUCAUAACAUCACAGUAUGGAGGAAAAUACAGCAACAUCUACACAGAAUGGAGUCAGCGGGAUCUGGAGAGGAACGAGAAUGUCAAGUUCUGUCGGCAGUACAUUGUGUUUCACGACGACAAGUCGGUGGUCUACUCUGGACCCUCAGGAAACUGCACAGAGAUCAAUGGAGAGUUGCUGAGUAAAGACUCUCCAUCAGGAGACAUGAAAGCGGUGGUGAGAGAGAGCAACAUCAAAGGAGAGGACAAACAGUUUCUGGAGAUCUGGAGUAAGAACAUCAAAGUGAAGAGCAUCAACCUGACAGCCUUGAAGAAACAUGGAAAGGUCUAUGAAGACGACCAGUUUGGCUGCCUGGUGUGGUCCCACUCUGAAACUCACUUGCUGUAUGUGGCUGAGAGAAAGAGACUCAAGGCAGAGUCCUUCUUCCAGUCAGUGUCUCCUGAGUCCUGUUCUCUUGCUGAUGAAGAGGAGGGGGUGAAAAUGGGCAAGGAGGAGGAGACCACAAAGGGGGAGCAGUUUGUGUUUUACGAGGACUGGGGGGAGACCUUGGUCAGUAAGAGUUCUCCUGUGCUGUGUGUGUUGGACAUCGAGGGAAGCAACGUCUCUGUGCUAGAGGGAGUCCCAGAUAACAUCUCGCCAGGCCAGGGGUUUUGGGCUCCGAGUGACACAGGCGUGGUGUUCGUGGGCUGGUGGCAUGAGCCCUUCAGACUGGGCCUCAAAUACUCGCCCAACCGCAGGUCCUCCUUGUUCUAUGUUGACCUGACUGGGGGACAGUGUGAGCAGCUUUCAUCAGGCUCCAGUGCUGUGUGUUCCCCCAAGCUCAGCCCAGACCAGUGCAGGAUUAUCUAUCUGGAGUGUGAUGUCUACGGACCUCAUCAGCAGUGUAGCAGGCUUUGUAUGUAUGACUGGUACACCAAGAGGACCUCUGUGGUGGUGGAUGUGGUAAAGAGGCCCAGGGAGGAUGGCUUUGCCGGGAUCUACAGCUCGUCUCUGUCUCCUCUGUGCUGGUCAGCUGACAGCCAGCACAUCCUGGUCUCCUGUCCACAGGGCAGCCGCAAGGAUCUGCUGUUGGUAGAAACGACCACAGGGAGCGUCACCUCUCUGACAUCAAAGUCUCCAGGAGGCAGCUGGUCAUUGCUGACCAUCGAGAGAAACCUGAUGGUGGUCAGCUGGUCUUCCCCUAACUGCCCCCCCAGCCUGAGGGUGGGCUUCCUGCCACUGGGUGGUUCUAGUGAGGAGGUGGACUGGGUCAUGCUGGAGGAGUCUCAGACCCAGCCUGAUAUCGAUUGGCAGAUCCUCAACUUCACCCCACCCCCAGAGCAGGACAACAGCCAAUACCCUGGUUUGGACUUUGAUUCCCUCCUGCUGAAACCAAAGGAUGUGAAGGAGGGAGUGAAACUGCCACUCAUAGUCACCCCACAUGGUGGUCCUCACUCUGUGAUUGUAGCAGACUGGCUGCUGUCUUCCUCAGUGCUGUGCAGGAUGGGCUUUGCCAUCCUACUGGUGAACUACCGCGGCUCCAUAGGCUACGGGCAGGACAGUAUCCUCUCUCUACCUGGUAAUGUGGGCACUCAAGACGUCAAGGAUGUUCAGUUUGCAGUGGAGAGUGUUCUGAGGGGCGGGGCGUUUGACGAGCAGAAGGUUGCGGUUGUCGGGGGUUCCCACGGCGGAUUCGUGGCCUGUCAUCUAAUUGGCCAGUACCCAGAGUUCUACAAGGCCUGCGUGGCUCGGAACCCCGUCAUCAACCUGGCCUCCAUGAUCGGGAGCACCGACAUCCCAGACUGGUGUAUGGUGGAGGCUGGCUAUAACUACAGUACAGAUUGCCUGCCUGACCCUGCAGUCUGGGAGCAGAUGUUAAACAAGUCUCCUAUCAAACAUGUCAAACAGGUGAAGACUCCUGUGUUGCUGACUCUGGGAGAGGAUGAUAAGCGUGUGCCCCCUAAGCAGGGAAUUGAGUACUACAGAGCCUUGAAGGCACUACAAGUCCCAGUGCGGUUGCUAUGGUACCCUGGGAACAACCACUCCCUGUCCAAGGUGGACGCGGAGUCUGAUGGCUUCAUGAACAUCGCUCUCUGGGUGACCCAGCACCUGUCUCUGUGACGAUACCAUUAGCUCUAGCAUGCUAACCCUAUGAUAGCUCUAGCAUGCUAACAACAGGAUGUUAAUCUGUAUAAUAACGGUGUGAGGGUCAGGCCAAAGCACUGAGGGUACUGUAGACUACCUGCACUAAGUCAUCUGUGAUUAGAUCAUCUGCAUUAGUUUAUAGCUUUGGAAUUACACCUUCUGAAGGAUGGCACGUUAUCUGGUCCUAUAUCAAAUAUGAAACUGUUGAAACACAUAGAUUUUUGCCUGUCUUUUAGCAACACUAAUCCUUAUUUUCAACUUUUCUUCAUGAAAAGGUUCCGCCUAUGAUUAAACAAGGGCUAUGGGUACUGCCGUUCAGAAAAGAUCGAAUACCUUUUUAUUUAGAAAGAUAUUAAACAGCCGUAUAGUUUCAUCAUCUAAAUUGUGAUUAAUGUGAUCAUAAUAUGAAGAGAAAGAAAGUACUUUGAAUAUUCUUGAGCUAAACAUUAUGGACCAAGUAAUGGUAACACCCGGUGAAAGGUCUACACUACACAUUGUACUCAUUACGUUCAUUCUGAUGGUGCUUUCCAGGGUUACAGAUGCUUUAUACUGAUUGUAACAACCAGGGAUCUUUCUCUAAUGAUUCUAUCAAUAAAACAUGUUUUGGCUAUAAAACAUGUCUUUUUUUUUUAUACAGUUGAAGUUGGAAGUUUACAUACACCUUAGCCAAAUGCAUUUAAACUCAGUUUUUCACAAUUUCUGACAUUUCAUCCUAGUAAAAAUGCCCUGUCUUAGGUCGGUUAGGAUCACCACUUUAUUUUAAGAAUGUGAAAUGUCAGAAUAAUAGUAGAGAGAGUGAUUUAUUUCAUAUUUUAUUUCUUUCAUCACAUUCACAGUGGGUCAGAAGUUUACAUACACUCAAUUAGAAUUUGGUAGCAUUGCCUUUAAAUUGUUUAACUUCGGUCAAACGUGUCGGGUAGCCUUCCACAAGCUUCCCACAAUAAGUUGGGUGAAUUGUGGCCCAUUCCUCCUGACAGAGCUGUUGUAACUGAGUCAGGUUUGUAGGCAUCCUUGCUCGCACACGCUUUUUCAGUUCUGCCCACAAAUUUUCUAUAGGAUUGAGGUCAGGGCUUUGUGAUGGCCACUCCAAUACCUUGACUUUGUUGUCCUUAAGCCAUUUUUCCACAACUUUGGAAGUAUGCUUGGGGUCAUUGUCAAUAUGGAAGACCCAUUUGCGACCAAGCUUUAACUUCCUGAUUGAUGUCUUGAGAUGUUGCUUCAAUAUAUCCACAUUUCCCUACUUCAUGAUGCCAUUUAUUUUGUGAAGUGCACCAGUCCCUCCUGCAGCAAAGCACCCACACAACAUGAUGCUGCCACCCCCGUGCUUCACGGUUGGGAUGGUGUUCUUCGGAUUGCAAGCCUCCCCCUUUUUCCUCUAAACAUAACGAUGGUCAUUAUGGCCAAACCGUUCUAUUUCUGUUACAUCAGACCAGAGGACAUUUCUCCAAAAAGUACGAUCUUUGUCCCCAUGUGCAGUUCCAAACCGUAGUCUGGCUUUUUUAUGGCGGUUUUGGAGCAGUGGCUUCUUCUUUGCUGAGUGGCCUUUCCGGUUAUGUGAAUAUAGGACUUGUUUUAUAUAGUAUAUGCACCUGUUAUAGAUAGUUUUGCACCUGUUUCCUCCAGCAUCUUAACAAGGUCCUUGCUGUUGUUAUGGUUGAUUGAUUUGCACUUUUCGCACCACAGUACGUUCAUCUCUAGGAGACAGAACUUGUCUCCUUCCUGAGCGGUAUGACGGCUGCGUGGUCCCAUGGUGUUUAUACUUGCGUACUAUUGUUUGUACAGAUGAACGUGGUACCUUUAGGCGUUUGGAAAUUGCUGCCAAGGAUGAACCAAACUUGUGGAGGUCUACAAAUUUUUUUUUGAGGUCUUGGCUGAUUUCUUUUGAUUUUCCCAUGAUGUCAAGCAAAGAGGCACUGAGUUUGAAGGUAGGCCUUGAAAUACAUCCACAGGUACACCUCCAAUUGACUCAAAUCAGAAGCAUCUAAAGCCAUGACAUCAUUUUCUGGAAUUUUCCAAGCUGUUUAAAGGCAGUCAACUUAGUGUAUGUAAACUUCUGACCCACUGGAAUUGUGAUACAGUGAAUUAAUCUGUCUGUAAACAAUUGUUGGAAAAACCGACUUGCCAAAACUAUAGUCUGUUAACAAGAAAUUUGUGGAGUGGUUGAAAAGCGACUUAAUGACUCCAACCUAAGUGUAUGUAAAAAUUCCGACUUCAACUGUAUAUGUUGAAUAUGUCCCUCAUUGCCACUUUUCAUUCCAUCAUUUUGCGCUAUGAUACUGGGAGAACAUGGAAAGAUGAGGUAUUUUCAGUGGUAUAUAUUGAACAAAGGGUGGUAGGUAGCCUAGAGUGUUGGGCCUUUAACUGAAAGGUACCUGAGCCGACAAAGAGAAAAAUCUGUCUGUGCCCUUGAGCAAGGUACUUAACCUUAAUUUGCUCCAAGGCAGGGUUCAAGUCACAGAAUUUUUAAUUGUUUUCUGUUUUGGGGAAAUUAUCAAAUCUGAAAAGUCAUGGAAGUUAAUAACAUUUAUGUUAAUGGAAUGUAUAGGCACAGUUUACUAUUUUAUCAAUCAAAUUAAAAUCCACAUUUCAGCCAG